CUCCUCCAAGCACCUCCCUCCUCGCGUCGCCCUCUCCAGCCUCUGGCACACCCCGCGCUCGACCAGCGCACCAUCUCCUUCUGGCACACCCUACAGCACCACAUCGCCACUCUCCCACAAUGCUCUGCCUUGCCUAAGCGCCUCUGCUCGUCGUCCGACGAACACCCCACCCCCAACCCACCCAGACACAACGCCGCGACUCGCCCACCAUGGUGCGCCCAACAUGCCUCUUCCUCGGCACUGCCUCGACACAACAACAACAACAGCAACAACAAGCCAGUCAGAAUGAGCAACAGUCUUGCACAGCUGGCGGGCCAGGAGUUCACUUCUGAGCCCGUCGACUUUUCCUUUCCCGUGCACUCUUCGCCCUUUGAGGCGCUCAGCGCCGACGACUUCUUCUCCUCUCCGGAGUGGAGCACGAGCGACAGCAGCACGGACCCGUCGCCGGCGCUCUCCGCGGCCUUCGACUUCUCCUCGUGCGAUGCCACGCCGCUGCUCGAGCACGACGACAUGCCGCUCGACGAGUCGUACGACGCAUACGCCGCACUGCCGCUCUUUGGCGGCGCCGGCCUCGACGGCUUCGCCGACAGCAAGAGCCUCGCCAGCCUGCCGCUCGGCGGCACGACACAGGCCGAGGGCAUGAAGCUGCCGCUCCUCACCGACGCCGCGGCACUGCUCAACGCCUUUGGCGGUGCUGCACUGCACGAUGCACAGGCCGAGGCGCCCACCACCGUGUCCGGCGCCGAGCUUCUCGCCGUCGAGGCUGCCUCUACCGUCGUCGAGCCCGCCGUCGAGGCUCCGGCACCGACGUCGGCACUCGACCUACCGGCACUGCACGGCAUCAAGCGUCGCGCGACGGCCGACGAGCUCCUGCCGCUCGACGCGCCCAUCCAAGCUCGUCACUACGCUUCGCCGUCGAGCACCAGCCGCAAGGCCAUCAAGGCUCUCCCGGCUCGCAAGCGUCGUGCUGCCGCUGCCGCUGCCGCUUCUGGCGCAUCGACGCCCGUCGCCGAAGCUACGCCGGCUUCGCCCGAAGGCGACUGCGAAGCCUCCUUUGCGCUCGCCGAGGCCAAGAUCGCGGCGACGCGCGACCCGGUCGCUGCCAAGCGUCUGAGCAACACGCUCGCCGCCCGUCGCAGCCGUCACCGCAAGGCCGAGGAGCUCAAGACGCUGCACGACACCAUCGCGGCGCUCAAGGAGGAGUGCGAGGGCUGGAAGCGCCGGUGUCUUGCGCUUGAGGCCGAGCAGUGACGAGCAGCGCUCUUCGUCGUCUCGCUCCACGUCCGUUCGUUCCCGCACGCUCACCGAUCAAAAAUCUUUCGCAUCCUUGCGUCGCAUACCCAAGACGACGCACCUACUGCUCGCCUCUUUCUCGCUCGCUCUUUCGCAUCUCUCCCGCUCCCUUCGCUUGACCCACUGUCUCG